AAAUCAGCUAUCAAGCUGAUCUCAUUUACACUAAUCCGCGUUUCAACUUGUCUCUAAUUACACAUUAAUCAUUUCUUUAAGAAAAGGAAGAAAAUUUUGCUCUUAAAGAUUCCAUUUCCAUUAUUGGGUUAGGUUGUUUCCAUCUCCAUGGGAGAAGAAGCAAGAAAACUUUCAAACGAAUAUGAAGUUUCGGAAAUUCUUGGCAGAGGUGGAUUCUCAGUUGUGAGAAGAGGUAUAAAUAAGUCAACAUCUAAGCAUGUAGCCAUAAAGACACUAAAAAGAUUAGGAGCAGCCACAUCACCAUCACCAUCUCGAACUACGUUUCCGGCAUGGAAGAAGCAGCAGCAGCAAGUUUCGAUAUCAGACAAGCUGCUUACAAAUGAAAUGUUGGUUAUGAGAAAGAUAGUAGAAAACGUAUCACCUCAUCCUAAUGUGAUUGACCUUUAUGAUGUGUAUGAAGAUCAAAACGGUGUUCAUCUUGUGUUAGAGCUUUGCUCCGGCGGGGAGCUGUUUGAUCGGAUUGUUAGGAAGGAUAAGUAUUCUGAGCGAGAAGCAGCUACCGUCGUUAGACAGAUUGCAAAAGGAUUAGAUGCUCUUCAUGGUGCUAAUAUUGUUCAUAGAGACUUGAAGCCUGAAAACUGUCUUUUCUUGAAUCAAAAGGAUGAUUCUACUCUGAAGAUUAUGGAUUUUGGUUUGAGUUCUGUAGAGGAGUUUACGGAUCCAGUUGUUGGGUUGUUUGGUUCCAUUGAUUAUGUUUCGCCGGAGGCUCUUUCUCAGGGUAAAAUUACUUGCAAAAGUGAUAUGUGGUCUUUGGGAGUGAUUUUGUAUAUUCUGCUCUCAGGGUAUCCACCAUUCAUUGCCCAGUCAAAUAGGCAAAAGCAACAGAUGAUAAUUGCUGGUGAUUUCAGUUUCUAUGAGAAGACGUGGAAGAAUAUUACAUCCUCAGCAAAGCAAUUGAUUACUGAUCUUUUACACGUUAAUCCUGAUAGAAGGCCAAGUGCUCAAGAUAUUCUAAGUCACCCAUGGGUUAUAGGUGAUUCGGCGAAAGAGGAGCAGAUGGACCAUGAGAUCAUCUCCAGACUGCAGAAUUUCAAUGCCCGUCGCAAACUUCGUGCUGCAGCAAUAGCAAGCGUGUGGAGCAGCACAGUGUUUUUGAGAACCAAGAAGUUAAGGUCCUUAUUAGGUUCCCAUGACCUUAAAGAUGAAGAAAUUGAGAAUCUUAGGAUACAUUUUUCAAAACUAUGUGCAAAAGGUGACAACGCCACCCUGUCAGAAUUUGAGGAAGUGCUAAAGGCAAUGAAAAUGUCGUCUCUAAUACCUCUGGCAGCUCGCAUCUUUGAUCUGUUUGACAACAAUAGGGAUGGAACAGUCGACAUGAGAGAAAUACUCUGUGGCUUCUCUAGCCUUAGGAACUCCCAAGGAGAUGCUGCUCUCCAUCUCUGCUUCCAGAUGUAUGAUACAGACAGAUCUGGAUGCAUCACUAAGGAAGAAGUAGCGUCCCUGCUGAGGGCUUUGCCAGAAGAUUGCCUUCCAGCAGAUAUAACAGAACCUGGAAAACUGGACGAAAUAUUUGACCGGAUGGAUGCCAAUAGUGAUGGAAAAGUUACCUUUGAUGAGUUCAAAGCAGCCAUGAAGAGAGACAGCUCCCUGCAAGAUGUGCUUCUCUCAUCGCUUCGCCAACAAUAAUUCUUAUUUUCCAAUUAUGUUAUUUGCUCU